AUGCCCCAGGGGAGGGGCGGCGUCCCGCCCCCGUGUCACACGAGCCCGACCCCGACCGCGGCCCCAGGGCGAGGGGCGGGCUGCGGCCGCACCUUUGUCGCAGGCCAGCAGGAAGAGCUUCUCGUCCAGGGUGGUCUCCUCCUUCACCUGCCUCACGUCCUUCAGCGCCAGCAGCUUGUUGGGGGAGGCCGAGGCGGACGGGUCCGAGCUCUGGUACAGGGCGGCCAUGGCGCCGGCUCCGCCAGGCCCAUGGGGGUGCGGGGGGGCCCCGGACCAGCCCGCCCCGGGGUUCCCCACGCAGCGGGCCGCCUCGCAGCGGGACAGCGGGGCCGUAAACCCGACGCUGUCAACCCAGUGCAGGGCGGGGAGCGACCUCUCGCUGCGCAGGCGCGGAGGGGAGCCACGGGCCCCCCGAGGAGCUGGGCCGGGCUGGAGGACGCGGGGCGGGGCCCAGGACGCGGGGAGGCCGGACUCCGAUGCCUCGGGGCUGCGGCAGAAUUAGCUGAGCCCCAGGUUCAGUCGCUCCUCCCCUUAGGCUACAGGAGGGACCUUCAGGCGCUCCCGGAUAUCAAUAGGUUGUUGUCCUUAGAAAGCAUGCUCACAACCACAGGCGCUGACUCCAGUGGCUGGAGCACCCACAGGGAAAAAUUGGAAGAAUUUCUUGCAAUCAAGUACCCUUUCUAUGACAUUGAUCUUUUAUGACAGAAAAAUAGAUAUACAUGUGUUCAUUUAAAAUAAAUUCCAAAAGAAAAUGCAGUACAUAUAAGCUGAGUCCCCAGACUGGACUGGCCAGCUCUGUUUAUUGCUUUCUGAUACAACAGUUUAUGAAAGUUCAGAUAUUUACUCCAGCUGCAAGGGUUAAUAUAGACACAUAUCUUCCAGUAAUGUCCAUGGUACACAUUUGCCUUACUAUUUAGUGUUAUUCUUCACUUUGAUGAAAGUUUGUUGUUUUGUAAAAAAACAAUCUGGUAUAUUUAGGUGUUUACUCCCAUAUGAAAGAUUCAACAACAUAACACUAAACUCUAGACAAUAUGGUGAUCACAGAUCCAAACUAGCUCCAAUAAAGUCAAUGGCAAGACUCUCAUUGACUUCAGCAGGAAUUGGAUCAGACCUUCAGAGAAUAAGGCAAUGAUGCUGAUCUUUGUUCAGUUUGGGGAAAAUAUAAUAGUGUUUGAAUGGACUUUCACACAGUUAUGACUACAUGUAAACAACACCCACAAAAAUCAAAAUAUAUUUUCACAACAGA